CACUUACUCCUAAGUACGUUCUAACCAUUAUUAUCACGAAAAUAAAAACCUGACUCUACUAGAACUGGAAGCCAGUGUGAAUUUAGAAUUGAAAUAUUUGAAAAUAUUAAAAAAAAUCCAUGGGUAUCAACUUUAUUACGUAAGUAUUUACAGGUAAUUUACCCUGAAACCGAAUUGUAAAGUCGUUAUCUUUAUUUGUGUCCAAAUUCAAGUACGUAUGAUACAGUAGUUAGUUACCAACUCUACUAUUCAUCGCACCAACGAUAGUCGUUCUGAAAUGCGCUGACAUGUAUCUCGAUUCGUACACGUGAAUAUGACUGAAAAAGUGGUUAUUACGGUGAACGAAGGUAAAAUUCGAGGAGUGAAACAGAUAUCGAAUCAUUCAAAAACACCAUACUACGCUUUUUAUGGAAUACCCUACGCGGAGCAACCUGUCCAUAAUUUACGAUUCAAGGAUCCUAUUAAAUCGAAGAAAUGGGCGAAUAUUUACGACGGGACAAAAGAAAAAUUAGGCUGUUCGCAGAUAACCGUCGUGUCAGCCACAGAGUGUUUUUUUUGGGGAGUGGAAGAUUGUUUAUUCAAUAAUAUUUUUACGCCUAAGUUGCCUAGCGAAGGUGAGCCUUUACGACCUGUAAUUAUUACCAUCCAUGGAGGAUCAUUCUUCACUGGUUCGCCUCACUCAAAACAUUAUGGUUCUCCUAAUUUCAUCAUGCAACAUGAUGUGGUGUAUGUUUGUAUCUCCUACAGAUUGCAUAUUUUAGGUUUUUUGAAUUUGGAAUUGAAGGAAUGUUCAGGUAACCAAGCCUUCAAAGAUGUUAUCAUGUCCCUCCAUUGGAUCAAAGAGAACGUAGCUUCGUUUGGAGGCGAUCCUGAGAACAUAACUUUGCUUGGAUGCAGCAGUGGAGCAGCUACAGUUCACGCAUUGAUGUUAUCCCCAGCAUUAGAUAGAAAUUUAUUUCACAAAGCUGUGCUAAUGGGUGGCUACGUAAUGAAUCCUAUUGCACCGCACUCAGAAGCGAAUAAACAUCAUGGAGCCGAGAUCGCUAAAUUAUUAGGAUACUCGGGCAAUCUUGAUGAUUAUUCAAGAAUUUUGAAGUUUUUACAAAGGAAAUCGCCAGAAGAACUUCUUCUGUGUUUAAUACGGUACCAAAAUAGCUUACCAAAGACUCACGCUCCUAUCACUGGAAUCGGGGUAUUUUCACCCUCUAUUGAUCCUCACGUCUUCCCUUGUUCACCAAUGGAAUUAAUUCCAUCAAUGAUGCGAAUACCAAUCUUAGUAGGGUAUUGUGAAAGAGAAGCGAUGUUAGGAUUUACUCGUGGAGAAAUGAGGAAACAAACAGAAGAUAAUUUUUACACUUCAUUUUGUCAGAAUUGCUGGGGUUGGGGACAUGAUAUGAAAACCAAUGAAAUAAAUCUGAUAAAAGAACAAAUCGAAUCUUUCUACGCGGAAGGAAACCCCAUUGCAAAAGCUUCAUUAUCCACUAAAGUCGAAAUCCAGUCGGAUAUCUCCAUGUCUGAUAUUUAUGAUACACUGAUCGAUGUGAUAGCUGCGGAUUUACCAUCAUCAGUGUUCGUUUUCAAGUUUGAAUUUGAAGGGAAAUUAAUCACGUUGAAAGAUGCUGGUAAUUUUGAGGAACGUAUUAGUGGAACGUAUCAUGGAAGCGAAUACAUCUAUUGGAACUGUUUCGUUGACAGCCCUGAUGAUAAACAAACUCGUGAUAUGAUUAAUUCUUUCACAAAACUUGUAACAACUUUCGCAAAAACUGGCGACCCAAACAACAGUGAAUUAGAAGUUCGAUGGAAGCCAUCAACUUUGGAGAAUCCUUGUUAUUUAAGCGUAAACAAUCCGAUGCAAAUAGUGGAAGGCAAAGUGAAUGGAGAAAGGUUAAAGUUUUGGGAUAAUAUAAAGAAACAGUUUUCAAGGCACUGAAAUAAUAUUCUUGCCUACUGAAUGCUUACAUAAUUAUCGAGCUUCCGGUCUCCAAAGCGAUUUAAAACCACCACCAGACGACUCAGCAUGUUGAAAUUAAGACACGGAGUGAAUUUAUGCUUUUUUAAUUUCAUUUGGUGAAAUUUUGUAGAAAUUUCAAAUAGGAUCACUAUCAUUCAAUCGUAAUUUAUUUCACACUCAAUUACCUCAACUUA